AUGCCGACGCCGACACUGUUCCGAGUGUUCUUGCGGCGCACAACGCCCGGCCUGCGCAGCCGCAUCUCCCAGAACCACCAGCGCCGCGCCAACUCCGACACGCCCAAGCAGAAGCGAGCAGAGGAUCCCAUUCCCGUGCCGAACACCGUCUCGACGAUCCCGUUAUGGCAGCGCCUCGGGCCCUUGACGCGAGCCGCCGAGGGGUAUGCGCGCGCGCAGCGCAAGAGGCCUCUGACGACGCAGUUCGUCAGCUCGCUCGUCAUCUACUUCUGCGCCGACCUCUCGGCCCAAGGCAUGAGCGGCAAUGACUACAACCCCGAGCGGACGAUGCGCUCACUGAUCAUCGGCGCCAUCUCGUCGAUCCCCAGUUAUAAGUGGUUCAUCUUCCUCUCCCAAAACUUCAACUACACCUCGCGCCUCCUCUCGCUCGGUACAAAGGUCGUUGUGAACCAGGUGUGCUUCACGCCCAUCUUCAACUCGUACUUCUUCGGCAUGCAGUCGUUCCUGGCCGGCGACAACUUUGAGCAGAUCAUCGAGCGCAUCCGCCGGACGGUCCCUGUGAGCAUCGUCAACUCGUGCAAGCUGUGGCCCGCCGUAACGGCCUUUAGCUUUUCCUUCAUUCCCAUGGAGUACCGCAGCGUCUUCUCGGGCGUCAUCGCCGUCGGUUGGCAGACGUAUCUGAGCUUUUUGAACCGACAGGCCGAAGUCGUCGAGGAAGCCGAGGAGGUAGGGGAGAGAACUCAUGCGGUGCAGGCCAUCGCUGCUAAUGAGAGAACAGCGAAGAUGCAGGCUUAG